AUGACGAUCCUCGUUGCGAGUUUAUGCGCACCAGACUCGGCCGCCAGGCUCGACUGUGGUGGUCCCGAAUAUUUGCAUUUGUGAUCUCAUUUCUUAAACCUCAGGUCUCUCCUCAGUCCUACCGGCUUUUCCCUCGGCCAUUGUCCGGUGUCACACCGUCUCUUCUGUUUUUUCUCCAACGUUUGGGCUUCUUUUUUUUCCGAUUUUCGCCACCCUUUCCUCGGCGUUUCCCGCACUGCAACACCUCUUUUCACGGCUCUUUGCUUCCUCGGUUGCGAUUUUUGUCCUUUCGUUUCCGAUUCGUGUGUUUCUCAACUCGGCCAAGUGUAACUGAAGGCUAGGGUAUAUUUUUCAGGAAGUUUGGCACGGCGACGACCAUUUCGAGUUUCUUGGUCAGCCAACUUCAAAAAUGGGCCUUGGUGCCGUUUUGCUCUUCGCACUCGCCGCUGGUGUAGCAGGUGAAACAUACUCUUCAAAAAAAUAUGGAUAAAAAAAAAUUACCAGUUAAAAUUAUAUGACAGAAAAACGGAAAAAUCAGUUCUCUGGAAUAUGUUCAGUGAAAACUCAAAAAAAAAAAAAUUGAAAAAAGGGCUGUGUUUAAAUCCUAAUCAAGAUGCGAAUUUAAAAAAAAAACUUAUCAGAAAAAAAAAAAUUGAGGCGACAAUUCAUAGAACUUUUUGUUGAUUUCUAUUUCACAGCUCAAUCGAAUCCUCGUAACUUCGCCUAGAAAAAGACAAAAGUUCGUAACAGUAGAAAAACGACACUCUCAGUUCAUUUGAGGCGUUUACACAAAGGAGUGAAAUCCGAAAAAUAACGGGAAGAAAAAGAUGACAGUUUCGCGUCUAAUGUUUGUAGUCUGCUGUCUGGAAAAAAUAGAUCUUCGAAGAUUUUCCUUUCUACCGUGUUGUUUCCAGAGUGUUCGGAGGUGUUCUCGAGUUUUCCACACGAUGAGCCGUACUAUGUCAGGGAAGGAACUUCUGGUCCAGUUUUGCCGUGCUCAUUCAAGGCCCCAUUCUCCGACCGAACUCAAUACGAAGUCAAUUGGGCCUUUUAUAACAACAAGAAUCAACUGAGGUUGGUUUUGUCAAAUUUAGAAGAACACUGAGGUUAAUUUUCAGAAUAAUCGCGCGAGAUGAGCGGUUACUUGUGAAGAAAGAUUCUCUGUUUGCAAUCGUGAGCGACCCGGAAGCUGGAAACUACAGCUUGAAGAUUGCGAACGUCCGACGAGACGCUGUAGAAGGAACUUAUCAUUGCAACGUUAUCGCCAAAGACGAUUCUGGAGCUCAACAUUCUUCUCCUAGAGCGACCGUAGUGGUUCUUGGUAAGAACUUAUCUUUUCGCUUCAUUAGGAAAAAAGCCAAUCAACGAAGAGUAGGUCACUCAAAGGCAAUUGAAGGUGUUGAUUCAACACCAUUUCCUGUUUAUUUGCGCAAGUCAAUGACCGGCUAGUUUUUGACAUCGAGCCCGUAGACGUACGCCUUUUCGCUAACAUUCUUGACAUACAUUUCAUAUGUUGCGCAAACUUUUGAACUCACCGCUCACGAUAAGUCUCAUUACACGCUAUCGGCCCUGCUUGUUUGGCUUUGCGAUUUCUGGAUUUUUUUUCCCGUUUUCCGAUUUGAAAUGACUUUAACAUGAUAUCCUAGGUUCUAACGGCUUUAUAUCAAAUCUCAAUUUAGAAGAAAAUUUUUUGAAAAAAACGAAAAACACAAAAUGCAGAAAGGAAAUUAUCGAUAAGAGCUCAAAACUAUCAAAGUCCAAUUACACUUCCCAACUUCUGCAUCAAAGCCGUCGCUUUUUUCAAUUAUCUUCAUAAUAUUCAUCUCUUCCGGGGUCACUGGUGAUUGUGGCGAUCUUUGUUGGGACGCACAAGGAUUCUCUAAUUGCCCCACCUCUAAUCCUUGCUUUAUUUCCACGGCAACGCGUUCGAGCUCGUUCGUUACCACAUAACCGCGAAAAUGAGCCAUUAAUAAGGGGGUCUAUGAGGCAUUGUGCGAGUCUGUAUCGCGCUGCAGUGAGAAAGAAAAUGGGCUAUCUUCGACUUUUUAUGAAAAAGGGGACUUUUCUCGAAAAAAGUUUUCGAAGCUUACAGUAGAAAUCUGAAAACCUGAUGCUUUUCUGAGCUUUUUCUGAUUUCCACAACGGCUAACACAGAAUAGAAAAAAUGAAAUACAUUUCUCAUAAGAGAAAUAGGUACUCAAAAAAAGUUUCCAGAGUUUUUUUCAAUUUAAAAAAAUAAUUUUUCAGAAGCUCAUGAGAACAGGCUGACUUGGCAACUUGGCAAAUCGUUCUCUAUUUUUUCAUUCUUAUUAGACAAACUAGCUAGCACAGAGUGGACGGAGACAUUCUCAGUGGAAUAAUUGGCUGGGCCGAAUAUCGUUGCAAUUCUGAGAUCUCGGUCACGGUCCACUGAAUUCACGCGCAAUUAUGGUGUUUUUCGAUCCCCUUUCAUAUUGAAUUAUCUUUGGCCGAAGAAAACGUCGAGUUCAAUACGAAUCGAAAACUUUCCGAAUCAAGGGACAAUCAAGACUUUUUUUGAAAAAGUACUAUAUUACAGUACCACCUGGUGAUCCGGUCAUCCACGAGUCUCCUGAUGAACCUGUAAUCGAAGGUGAUACAGUAACGAUCAAAUGCGUCUCCAUCGGCGGAAGCCCUCCUCCAACUUUCUCGUUUGGAAAAUCUAAAGAAAAAAUUGUAAAACCUUUUUUCAGGUGGACCAUGCCAAAUGGUUCAGCUGCUGAAGAAAAAUACUGGACUACUUCUACUCGCGAUGGUGCUUCUGAGAGUUCCUUCCAGUGAGUUCAAAACAAUAAAAAGAAAAGAAGAGAAGAAGAUGUACAAGGCAUUUUCAAAAAGCAGGAAAUCAUUUACGAUCGUGUAAGAAACGUAAAAAUUGUAUACGUCAAGGAAAAUUUGGAUCUUGAGAUUGCACCUCUGAAUUUUUUUGUGUUCGUCAAACCUUUAAGCAGUCUCAUUAACAUUUUCCUUCAUAAGACCAGUUUUGGAGCUUUUUUUUCCAGUUUCCGAGUGACAGCUUUGGACAAUGGCUCCCCAGUCAGUUGCUCCGUCACGAACAAAGCCACUGAAGAUGAACCUCCCAAGUCGACCUCGAGCAUGCGACUCAACGUAAUUUCAUGCUACCUGCUUCAUUUCGAAACAUGAAUUUGCAGGUGUUGUUCAAGCCACGCGUUCAAGUGUCUCCAGUGGAAAACAUGACCCAUUUAUCGGUGGAAGCUGGGGAGCCGGUGAACCUCACCUGCAAGGCAGAUGCCAACCCAUCCGCCCACAGCUACGAAUGGUUAUUAUUCACCAUAAUUAUCUAGUCUUUUUGAAGUGGCCUUGGCGCUUGGGAAAUACCUGGAGGUGGCCAUUGAAAAACCUAAUUGCGGUCGGAAAUAUGGUCCAGAACAGGAAAUGUUUGGAUGGGGUUUUUCGAGAGGUACAUGCAUAGAAGAGAAAAACGCAUACUUCGUUAUCCAUUUUUUUAGAAAUCUUUUUCAAAUCAGCUGGUCUUCAAGGAUUAUGAGCUGAUGAAAAAAACACAUAAAUAGCAAUUUGAAGAAAUGAUAAAGAAAUUUUUGAUUUUUUUCAAGCCAACUUUGAGAACUCGCGAGAAAAAAAUAAAUUCUGCAAAGAUUAAAAAAACUGCGUUAGUUGAAAAAGAAAGAUGUUUUUUUGUUUUUUUACAUAUUAAUCAAUUGAAUUUAAUCAAUUUUCAACUUUCUAUUCAAAAAUCAUCUUCAGCACCUGGAAUAAAAAAUUAUUUUUUUAUGAAUAAUUGUAUUUGCCUAAAAAAAUUUUUUUUAAGCUUCAAAGAGGGUGUUUUAGUAAUUUUUUUGUUAACUUCAGCAGUUUGAAAAAUUUCUGAAUAUUUUUCAUCACCGUUUUAAAAUGGAUAGAUUGAACAAACUUUAAACGCAGGAAGCAAAACAAAAAAGAAAAUGCAAAAAGACGAUGUUUCAUUUAUCUUUCAUUUUCCUAUAUUUUUUUUACAAAUAACUUCAGGAAACAUCUUUCUUCUGGAGAGCGAUAUCAGGCGUCUGUAUGGCCAAUGCGAGCCGACAAGGAAAUGAGUGGUGAUUACGAGUGCCGCGCCACCAAUCAAAUCGGCGACGGCUCUGAAGUGCUCAAGCUCAACGUCCAAUAUGCUCCCAUCAUCAUGGUCCCGGUUCGUGGAAUCAUAACUAAAUAAAACUUAAUGGUUUUUUUUUCUCAGAACACCAUCAGUCCGAGUGAAAAAGAACGAGUUGAAGUGGAAUGUGUGCUGGACGCCAACCCAGCCGCUUCUGAAGUCAAAUGGGUUGGCCCUGAUGGAUUCAAGUCAGAGGGAUCAACUCUUGUUAUCAAAUCCAUUUCUCGGUGAGUUUUUGUGCAAGAAAAAAGCGUUUCUAAAUAUAAAAGGCACAGAAAUAGCUGAAUUUCUUAUUUUACCUUGUCUAAACAUCUUCAUGAAAAUCAUCAAAAAAUUUCACAGCUGCAUAAAAAUACGUAAUGUUCGUCCUCAAAUGCUUAUUAAGAACCUUAGCCAUGCAAAAAUUGCGCUCUAGAAGGAUUAUCCGAUUGCGCGCCGCCAUCUUAAUUGCUGCAGGGCCUGGUGCCAUUGCACCGGACGAAGAAGAUUUACAACUCGCGCCCAAUUAGACAGUCUCGGAGUCCGACCAUGCGAAAUAAUGACUUUUAGUCUCGACACAGUGACAAUGAGCAUUUUAGUGACCAAACCGGCAACUACACCUGUUUGGCGACCAAUUUUCUCAACGUUUAUGGUCAAACGGGGUCUCUCACUCGGGUUGGAUCAGCCACGACUUUUAUUGACGUGAGGAGAAUCGUUAAAUGUAUAACAAGUUUGUAUGCAUAGGUCAAACGCCGACCUGGAAAGGCUUCAAUCAUAGCAGUCAGUCCUAACGUCAAUGUUGGCGACGUGAUCGAGCUUAGAUGUGCUGCUGCCGAUUCUGGAAAUCCAAAGGCUCAGUUCAAGGUACUGAGUUGCAAGUGCAAAUAUCGAGCAAAAAUGAUUAUGAAUGGUUCAGUGGUCUUCGCCAUCUUCUGGAGGCGAAUUUGGAACGAGUGAGCACGACAGAGCGACUCUUUUUGUUCGAAAUGCCCAGCUUGCUGACAACGGAGAAUAUAAAUGUGUUGCUUACAACGAGUUAGGAAACGGCCCUGAAGCUGUCGUCAAAGUUACAGUACGGCUUCUAAACAUUUUUUCCACUCAAAAUUGUUUUAUUUUAGGUCAUCGAACCAGCUAAAGUCUCCAGCCCAUUAACUACUGAAAGAAUUUUCUCUGCGGGUGAAACCAAGAAAAGUCUCGAGUGUGAAGCUCAAGGAUAUCCGACUCCCACUAUCAACUGGUAUAAAGAUGGCGUCAUCGUGGACAGACGGCGUUACAAGAUCGCUUCAACUGUCGCUACAUCAAGGUAAUGAAGAUUAUUGAGGUUUAGCACAAUUCAAUGUAUUCAGAUGUGCUGAUAACGACUUCUGCACGCAAACCACCUACGGAGCUUUGACUUUCACUGGACCUCUCAGAUGGUCUGAUAAGGGAAAUUUCUCCUGUGUGGCUGAAAACGGCGGCAUUUCUCUAAUGGAAGAUCGAGGAUCAUGGACUAUUGUUCGAGUUCUUCACGCACCAGUUGUACUAAAUGAACGUUACCCGAUAAACAGUCUGGCAGCUACAGAACUCGGCAGAACGGUAAAUAAGAGACUUUCUUAUUUUUUUUUUUUCAUAAAAUUUUUUCAGGCUCAAUUGAGUUGCGUUGUUUCUGCUAGACCGCAGCCAGAAUUCCACUGGACAUUCAAAGACGGAAACAUCCAAGAAAAUGAAAAGUGAGUUUAUAAAACUUGUGAACGGAUCAGGUCUGAAUAUUUGAGGUACUCUUUGCACAUGGUGCCCAUCAGAAACCGCCCAGACGAGUACGAACAAGUUCUGCAAAUCCAAGACGUCCAAGAAAAAGAUUAUGGUGAAUACAUGUGUAGGUCUAACAAUGGAAACGGCGCCGAUUCAGUCAUAAUUGAACUAAGAAAAACUGGUGAGUUUAGAACUUGACAAAGUUAAAAUAUUUUUUCCUCUUCAGGGCUUCCUGAAACUCCGGACGACCUUCAAAACGUUGAACCUAUGUCCAACUCCAUUCUAGUGGGAUGGCGACCAAAGUUUGAUGGUGGCUACAUGCAAACUUUUGUUUUGGAGUACAGGUCGGUUCUAAUUUUUUGCAUUUUUCACGACAAAACUUCAGAAAAGUCAAUCCGUUUACGGGUAGCAUCGAAGACUCUCCAAUUGAAACGGUCGAAAUCAGAAAUGGCACAAAAAUUGAAGAAUACAGGGUACAAAGAAGUUUAGAAAACAUGAAAAGAGGAAAUAAUAAUUCAGGAAGAUGGAGUGCCUUCUUUCCUGACUACAUACAACUUGACUUCCCUUUCCCCAAUGUCCACUUACUAUAUUCGCGCCAGAGCAAUCAACGAAAGGGUAUUUGUUGUUUUGCCUUGUCAGAAAGAGUUUUUGAACUUCAGGGCGUUUCUGAGUACACUCCGAUGAUCAUUGCUACAACGAAGGACGUUACAGAAGAUAUGAACAUGAUGUCUCCAGCACGGUUAGAGUACAACUCACAUAAAAGAAUCAUCGAGGCUGAGGUAUAAAAUGAUAAAAAAAACUCAUGAAAAGCUGAAUAAUUUAGCCGAGACCUCCAAUCGACGCUUGUACUUUGCUGUAUGUCUCCAUUGACGGCAGCUGGCGAGCCAGUGAUUGUUUCACUGAUAGUCAGCCGAUGGAAAACAUUCUCUCGGGGAGCCAGUACAAGGCGCGCUUCUGCAUCGCCCGAUCUCCGCUUACAUGCUCACCCAUCUCCCCAAUUCUCGGUAUCGUCCCUCACAAUGAAAUCAGUAAUUCAAGGUCUUUGCAGAAACAGGAGGUUCUAGCACUUGGCGUGGCGCUUACUUGACCCCUCUACUGAUUCUUGCAUUCAUCGUGCUUACUUUGAUCGUUUUCUGCGCCGUUUGCUGUCGAACGCGAAGUCCUAGCAAAAAGAGCGUCAAGAUGACGUAAGUUGCUCUGAAUGUCUCUCUUUGCCACCUAAUGACUCUAGCGCGUUCAGACCCGUCACUCUUUCGGCUCUUCCGACACCUGAUACCAAAAAUACCAUCGUUCACGGCUCUCAGACGGACAGCGGCGUGUUCACUUUGGAUUCGACGCGAUUAAAAGGAGCCACGCUGGCUCAGACUUCCCAUACUUACUCCAGGUAUUUCGAAGACUAGACUUCAUUGAAAGUUGGUUUGGGAAACUAGAAAACUUCGAGCCAAAAAGAUAAAAUCCGGAGAACCUUUCUUUGACUGAAAAAUAGAGUUUUUAUAUGUGUAUUUCCUGAAUCCUCUGAAAAUCGUCUCUCGAAAAAUCUUUGAUACCGCACUCUGAUUUCUUUUCAAAGGAAUACAUUUUUUUGAAAUUGGACUUCGGGUAAAAACUUUAAGCGCACUUCUGGUAAUCAGAAAUUAUGUAGGCUAAAUAUGAAAAGUAGUCAAAAAAGCUUUUCUUUUGGUCUAACAAGCUGCAGCUAUCUGAUUUUCUCUGCAGCCUUCUUUCAAAAAGAAAUAAUCACAAAAACACAAAAGCCGCACAUUUCGGGGAAACUUUUUAUUCAGAAUAACCCAAAUGAAAUUAUCAUUUUUUUCCGACAGCAAUAAAAAUUGAACUUCAAACAAAGGUUCUCAAGUUCCAGUGACGAGACAACUGCUGAAAACUGGCCUCGAGACUCUCACUACGACGUCAGCAAUGACCCCUACCUCAAUGAAGCUUCCAAUCAUAUUUUCCAUGGUUUGUGUUCAUCUCAUUAACUUCUAAAACACAAAACAAAUUUAAGCCGGAGUUCUGGAAGACCAACAAAUUGGAGAAACCAACGUGACAGGUUCUGAAGAAGAAGAUGGACGGCGAGUAAUGCGAGAAAUAAUCGUUUGA